AUGUUGAAGCUCAAGAUAUCGAACCUCCCUCUCCUCUUAAACGACUACAACGAGCGGCCACAACCUCCUCCCCAUCAUUACCCACUUUCCUUUCGGAACAAUACAUCAUGGGCGAAGGGGAUAAGGAGUGGAUUCAGACCGCAAGUGUCCCAACGACAAUACCUCGCGUUCUUCAGCCAGCGGAUCGUGCUCUUGCGCAAUGGCGAGAGCACUUUCGCGACGCAUAUCUUCGCAUCAUGCUCUGGCUCGAAGGGCGAGGCAGAGGCGAUCAUUCUCAUUGCGCUCAAUGUGGGCUUGCAGAGCGGGAUGCUCUUUUCCGUUGCGAGGAAUGUCUUGGGGGCCUGCUGGUCUGCCAAGCCUGCUGCGUUGCUAUGCACAGGACUCUCCCGUUGCAUUGGAUACAGUCCCUCGGACUCGUUGUUCAACUCGGACACUCUCCAGCUGAAGCUUGCCCUCGGAGUGUCCCCCCCUCGAGGUGACUUUGUGGUCAUUCACGACAAUGGGAUACAUGAGGUCGCCCUACAAUUCUGCGGCUGCUAUGCAACAAAUGACCCCUACUAUGCCCAACUCCUUCGUUUCCGCUGGUUCCCUGCUACUUCAACAACCCCUCGCACCUGCGCGACAUUCGCAUGUCUCAAAAAGUUCCAAAUGUUUGCCCAUCAGGGGAAGCUCAGCGGCUACGACUUCUACCACGCCUUGGAACAACUCACGAACGCGACUGGGUUCAAACCCCCCGAUCGAUACCAAGUUUUCUUGCGUAUUGCCCGAGAAUAUCGCCAUGUACUGGCUUUAAAGCGGGCGGGAAGGGGACAUGCGACUACGGGUGUGGGAGGCACUGUUUCUGGUGAGCUGGCUAUACGCUGUCCAGCUUGUCCACGCCCUGGGGUCAAUCUUCUCGAGGGAUGGGAGUCGGCAGCGCCGGAGGAUAGAUGUCUGUAUCUUAUGUUUUUGGCCCUCGACGCCUGCUUCCGUCUCAAGAGGCGAGCCAUCUCUAAUGAAAUCAGGGACCCGGGUCUGGGGACCGGUUGGUCAUAUUUUGUGGAGUGGGAACCAUAUCGCGAUUAUCUUCAGACUGUUAAAACGCAAAAAGAGAUCAGCUCAUGCAGUGGCCUCGCAGCCAUCGACCACGCAAACAAUAAGUUUUCGCGAGGUUAUAGCGCAACUGGAGUGGUCAUGGGUGUUUGUGCUCGACACGAAUUCAUCCAGCCUAACGGAGUUGCCGAUCUGCAAGCUGGAGAACGGUAUGCAAACAUGGACUGGGUCUUUCUCUCGAUCCUCCGCCAUCUCACUCUCCUCCUUCGACUACUCGUCUCCUAUGACAUCGCAUCAUCGCUUUUAAGACGACGACUGGACGCUGCCACCGCGGAAUUUGCUCGACAAGAGGCUUCAUUUUCUCUUUUCCGUCAGCAACAAGACGAACGAGUUCUGGAAUGGCAGAAGAUGGUGGAAGACUUUGAAGCGGACGCUUCUAAACCCAAUCCUUAUAUGCCUUGCUUCGAAGGUGCUACCGAAGCCCAGAUUCGUAAUGAGCUAGAGCAAGUGGACGAAGAAGAUGAGGCUGCUGGUCGUCGCAGACCUAUCCACGAUGUCAGCCCUUCCGCAUUUGUCCAAGAACUGCUGGAUAUCGAAGCAGAGCAGCGUCGUGUUCUGGCUGAGGCUGAACUCAAGAAGGCAAAGGGCUCAGCUGCCAAUGUCACGCUCAUGCUCUCGUAG